AUGAAAGUCUCCUUUGACGAGAAUUGCACAUAUCCACCGGAAUACUUUCACAGACGAUUCAGGAUGCAACGAAAACUAUUUCUUCGUAUCAUGAAUGAUGUUAAAGCUUAUGACGACUACUUCAUCCAAAAAAGGGAUGCAACAGGUUGUUUGGGGUUGUCUUCUAUACAAAAGAUGACAACUGCAAUACAUAUACUCGUAUAUGAUUGUGCAGCCGAUCAUUGUGAUGAGUAUAUUAAAAUCGGCGAGAGCACUGCUAUUGAAGCCCUAAUGACAUUUUGUAAGGCUGUUAUUGGUGUGUAUAAGGAAGACUACAUGCGUCCACCUAACGAAGCCGACAUAGCACGACUACUUCAAGAAAGGGAGGAGAGAGGAUUCCCGGGUAUUCUUGAUUCUAUCGAUUUAUUGUAA